GCCCAAAAAAAUGCAGCAAAAGUUGGCGCGCCUGUGAUUGCGCAAGGCUUCCACUUCUGAAUAAGCUUUGGGCUCAGAAACAAGUGGUGCUGACACUGUGGGGUCAGAGUUGCAGACGCAGCACUGGGACCGUUGCUGCUGGGAGUCAACAUGGCACCGAAAAAACCUGCAGCAAAGAAAGGGACCGUCAAGUCGACGAUGAAGGCCUUAAAAAAACCCGCUGCGCUCAAGAAACCCGCGGCCGCAGCUGCUAAGAAACCAAGUGUCCCAAAGGUGGCCAAAGAACUCCAGGCAUUGGAAGCCAAAGUGGUAAAUCUGGAGCGACGGCCAGAUAGGUGGAAGCGCGUCGAAGCAGCGCUGAAGAAGGAGCUGCCGUGGUUGAAGGUCGAGCGCUUCCUGGCCUCGGACGGAUCCAAGAGUAUCAUCCCAGAAGAGGAAGUCUCAAUGAAGUGGAACACCUCCAGAAAUGCCAACUUCGCAGACUUCUACGAGUGGGCCUUCGAGGAUGGCACCACUUGGAUGUGGGCAGCGGAUGCCCCGGAAGAGGACGACACUUGGAAAUUCACUGAGAAUGGUGAUGGCUUCAGCUACAUAAGAGAUGCGCCGACGUUUCAUGAGAAGGAGCCACCCACCGGGACACUCGAAAAGAAGGCCACGGGCGAAAAGUUUACUGUGAAGUUGCGCUUUGCCACGAAGUACUUGAACCCGGGAGAGACACAGCUGAUGUCUGGGGGUGAGCGUGGCUGCGCGCACUCGCACAGGCGCUUGUGGGAAUUUGCAGCAGCCCGGGAAGAGCCCACCCUGGUGCUUGAGGAUGACGUGCACAUUGGCUUUGACCGAAAUGGUGAUAAGGGCAAGAUGAACGGCAAGGUCUUCACCAAACGCCUGGAGGAAGCCAUCAAGCGCGCGCCGGCAGAUUUCGAUGUGAUCUAUUUGGGCUGGAGUGGUUGGAGAGGUGGCAAUUUCAAGCUUUGGAAGGAGGAUGAUUCUGGACUUGCUCCAGAAGACAAGAGUUUCCUUCAGAAGGCUGAGUACGUGUGGACAACAGUGGCAUAUGUGAUUUCACAGGCUGGUGCCAAGAAAUUGCUGGAAGUUGCCUCGCCCAUCGAUCAGCCUGUGGACAAUUUCAUGGCCUGGCAGGCGAGCCAGGGCAAGUUGAAGUCCUUCGUGGCGCUGGAUGCGGGGGACGAGGACUCCACCUGGGCUGGUGGCAUCGUGGACCAGUUUGACUUUCAAGGAGAUUCCGACAUCAAAAAGUCCGAUGGAGGCCACCAGGGAGAUGAUGCCAAAGAAUUUGCCGCGCCCAUGUCGACCUGAGAUGGUUUGAUCAUCCACCGAUAUCCUGCGAUGGGGUCAGGCGAUGGCUCCCAGGCAUAGUAUAGCUUGAUGGGUCAUG